CGCAGGCGCAGCUGGGGCCGGGCGCUCCCGGCGCUGCCGUAAAGCGGCACGGCGGCGGUUCCGGGAGCAGCGGGUAACAAAACCCAAACAAACCAAAAAAAAUCACACAAGGACACAGUUCACUGAAAUGUGAGAAUGGCCAAUUCUUUAAGAAGUGAAGUGAUAAAACUGUACAAAAAUCUGCUGUACCUUGGAAGGGAGUAUCCCAAAGGAGCAGACUACUUCAGAAGCCGUUUGAAAGCAGCUUUUCUAAAAAACAAAGAUGAGACAGACCCAGAAAAAAUUAAGCAGCUGAUUGCCCGGGGAGAGUUUGUUAUAAAGGAGCUGGAGGCUUUGUACUUCCUGAGGAAAUACCGAGCCAUGAAGCAGCGCUACUACAGCGACGACAAGCCCUGACCGUGCCUGUAACCACUCACACCCAGCAAAGGUAACAAUAAAAGAGCUCUAACUGCAAAGAAGUGACAUGUAAAUCCUUCCAACCCCUCCACAGCACAAAUGAGGGAGCUGCUUCCCUGCCAGAGGUUAUUUGAAGGGUUUGGGGUGUG